CUCAGUGGUCAUGUAAUUUUGAAUUAUGGCUAACAAAAUAGUUUGUGUUGAAACUGCUUUAAUUUUAACAUCUGUACUCGUUCAUCACAUUAACGGAAAGACUGUGACAAACUCCACUAAGGUUAAACCAAAAGGCUUAUUAGAAGAUGAAUUUGACGGUAUGCCACUUCCAGAAAGUUUAAGUUCCCCGGGAACUUCAGAAGCUCAGAGUACUCAACCUGUUAAGAACACUGCACAGUUAAUGUACAGCGUACCUAUAAAACAGCUACAACCAGUGGAAAGCUACAAAAUAAAAAAGCCCGGUAAGGACGACGACGGUUUCUUCGGAGAUAUUAUGGGCGCUACCCUCAUGUCCGGCGGCACUCUGUUAUCGCUAGGCACUUUCGCGCUAAUCGCCAUGGCGGGCAAAGCUUUCAUGUUGGCCGUCGGCGCGAUAGUCAUGACGUUGCUCAGUACGGGCUGGUUGACACACGGCGGUGACCACAAAGCAAGCUCCAGCACCGUCUACGAAGUGAUAGCCAAGCCGUACGUGUCGCACGGCCACAGUUAUUCGGCCGAAGUACACCACGAACCGUACUCGCCGACAUCGCCGACAUCCGCACAGGACCCGCAGGACCCGUACAACAAUAACUACAGCGGUGGCUAUUGACAAUCGUUUGGCUUACAAAUGACUA